GGGCAUCACCCAGGAAUUGCCACUGCUAACAUUUUGUGCAUGCCUUCAAGUCCAUUUUUUUUUUCUGUUUGUGUAAUUAUUUUUUCGUGUUUUCUUUUUCCAACUUUAUUUUCCAUAAUUUUAUGCUUUUUAUAUGCUUCCUUCUAAGGUGACCAAGAUGGAGUUUUCCAAAAAAAAGUGGAGGAUGCCGAGAUUGGCAGGUGACCAGAGGAAUGCUUCCUACCCUCAUUGCCUUCAGUUUUACUUGCAGCCACCUUCUGAAAACAUAUCUUUAAUAGAAUUUGAAAACUUGGCUAUUGAUAGAGUUAAAUUGUUAAAAUCAGUUGAAAAUCUUGGAGUGAGCUAUGUGAAGGGAACUGAACAAUACCAGAGUAAGUUGGAGAGUGAGCUUCGAAAGCUCAAGUUUUCCUACAGAGUAAGUAAAAAAGGAAAAAAAAGUUCCUUCAGUUUCCAUAUAUGUAUGUGUCGGGUGUCACUUGUGGGAAAGGUAUUAUAUUAGGCACUGGGCUUUUAUAAAGACUAAUGUAUCAUGAUCUCUGCCUGGAGAUUCUUCAGUCUAUUAGGGGUGAUUGACAUGAAGUCAGGUGAUUAUAAUAUGGCAGGGUUUCUCAACCUCAGGACUAACAUCAUUUUGGGUCUAAUAAUUCCUUGUUGCAGGGACUCUCCUGUGCAUUGUAGGAUGCUCAGUAGCAUCUCUGGCUUUUACCCCUACAUAUUUCCAGACAUUGCCAAAUGUAUCCCGUGCAAUACAGGACGAUGACUGUGUUUAUAGAUGCAUGCUCCAGGAACUCCAAAAACAUAUAUAAUUAUGCAGCUCAGAUUGGGGAGGUUUGGGAUGGCUUUCCAGAAGAGGUAGUAGUGGAGCUGCAUGUUGACAGAUGUGGUUAGAUUUUCAUUUUGGGAAGAUGACUGCCAACUGCAGAUUGACAGGGUCAUGUCUGUUAGGAGGGAAACCAGUUAGAAGCCUGGAAAUGAUGAGAGUCUGAAUUAAAUGAGAGAAGGGGACCGGUUGAAGAGGUAUUAAGAAGGUAGGAUCAAAAGGUUUUAGUGACUGAUUGUAGGGGGAA